UUGGGUUAAUAGCGGGAAAAGUUCUUACCCUUUCUCUUUCAUUUUAUUUUUAUUUUUCUAAAAAAAAAUGAUUUUUUGAGAACUGAACCGAACCACCUUUGGUGACAACAACAUUUGAACCCACACACAUUCAUUAGGUGUUUUUCACUCAUCACAUUGAUCAUAUAGUUAGCAACACUGCAUGCAGUAUAUAACUCUCUAAUGGCAUCAGCACCAAGAGUUAACAAAAGGGUCUUCCCCAUUCGUCGUGCCCCAGAUGGUAGUGCCUUUCACAAAUGUGGAGCUUGUGGUGUGUCCAUUGCUAUUGCAUUGGCUGAUAUGCACUAUUGUGAAUCCAAAAUGGAAGUUAAAAGAUUCAAAGGAACAGUUGGCAUGCUCAGUCUUCCCAAAAAAAAUCAACAAUUAAUCAAGAAUCAACCCGUGUCGCCUUACCGUCUUUUUAUGGAAAGUUUCAUGAAGGGUCAUGGGAUGGAAAGUUAUGUUGAAAUUGAUAGGAUAGGGUUUGAAAAGUGGAAAAAUAUGUCUGAGGAGGAGAAGCAACCAUAUGUUUAUCAUGCCAGAGUUUUGGACUAUGAACACCAAGAAGCUUUGAAAAAAGAGGCUAAUGAGUGCAUAAAGGUAAAGGAUGGAGCUGAUUCAGCAAUGGUUGAAAAGGUUGAGAAGCCCCAAUGGAUCUUUAUAUCAUCAUCUUCAGAGGACUCAAAAGAAUCAUAAUCUUCCUUUUAAGUAUGACUUGUUAUUCAAUGAUGGAAUGAUGGAGCUUGAAAAGAGUACAGUUUUUGGGGACAUUUUUUGGGUGACUUUUGAUUUAAGGUACAUGAUCUUGAUUAAGAUCAGAUCAUAUUUUUUUGGUGGAGUCAACAAUUUUAUUUUAUUUUUGUAUAUUUUGACAAUGUAAACUUUGGUUUAUGUAAUGAAUACAAAUCUUUGAUGGAAAA